CCGUACUAGCUGGGCAGCGGGGCAGGGAGGGGCAGGACGGGCUGAUAUUUUCUCUGUCUCCCUCCCGUCUAUAUAGGGAUACCGUUCAAUCCCUGAAUCUUCAAUAGUCCGUCUGCUCUCCGGUCAUCUCUAUCCGGUCGUCAUCUCUACUAGCAAGCAUGGACUCUGUGUCGGGAGGACGAACGCUAUUCGCCGCCCACCGCCCCACGAUGUCUCACGCUUUUCACCCCUCAGCUGUUAUAUCCUUUAUCUCCUUCACUGUCCUGUUUCUAUACGGCUUUCUUCUUCAUAUACCAGGUGAAUGGUUUAUGGGGAAGAUGCCGUUUAUGGGCAGUUUAUGUGCUGGAAGGAUGGGGAUGCUCCUUACUAUCUUGGUUCUUGUCAUUGUUACCCCUAUUGGAAGCAUUUUAAUCACCUUGGCAGUUACAUCACAGUUUUUUGCAUGGUUGGCUGGUUUAAUACUACGAAGGACCCCAUUAACUCUUGCCCUUGAGGCAUUCGUUGGACUUGUUUCUGGGAUAGUUAUGAGCUUAUAUGUCGUGGAGACUAAUGGGUAUAAACAAUUGGCUUCUUUUGCUUAGCUGGGGUAUGGCUUGCUGUCCUGCGCACUGCACGCAUGCGAUUCGACUAUGGUUUUUUUUACUUCUUUGUUGGCUUCGGGGACUUCUCGUGCUUUGAUGUAUGAGAACACUAAACCGGGGUUAGUCACUCUCAUAGCAGUUGCCGUUAGUUGCUUCAUUGUCUACCUGCGUGCUGUUUCGGAGGCAAAGGACGGACCGCUUUAAUUUGCUUGGAGCUGAUGUAUGCAUGUGUGAGGCCGUGCCUGCUGUGAGAGGCGAUGGGUUUUAUCUGUCUUUCUACAUUGUAGUUUAAUUUGAUUUGGAUGUUGAUGGAUUAUGGAUAUGA